AUGUCAAAGUUUGAGGAAUUUUUGCAGGAAAUCCACUCUCUUCCCAUAGAUAUCAGGCGAUGCCUUGUGCUUAUGAGGCAAUUAGACUUCAAGAAAGAAUAACUGUAGAACACUAACAACAGAAUAACUAAAGGCUAUUUUGCCUCUUUGUCCAAAAAGAAAAAUGAGAAGGAAUAGUAGACUGAGUAGAAAAAAGUGAUUGAUCAGAUUAGAGCUAAUUAUGAUGAGAUUGAGAGGUUGUCGCAGGAGAAAUUAGACUUGGCAAGGAAGGUAUUUUUAUACGUAGAGCAGAACCUCAGCAAGUUAAAUGGAAAGAUGAGCAAUAUUUAGGAUAAAAUGAAAAAAGAUGGCUAUGACAUCAAUAGUUAUGGUAAGUAUUAGGUAACUAACAAUAAUAAAGGAAGAAAGCAAGGAGAAGAUGACUAUGAGAUGACAGGAAUGUAUAGACAAGAUUACAAUUCCCAAGAAGAGGAAAAGCAAAGUCCAAAGCGAAAUCAUAAAUAGGGUGUUCACUCUAAAAACUAGAUUAUGGAUUAGUUUGAUGAUGAAGAGAUUGAACCUGUAAGCUAUGAGCAGAAUCAAGAACUGUUAAGAGCAUUUGGAGGAUAGAUUAUGGGUUCUUAACUUUAGAGUUCUACCAGCAGAUAGUAAUCAAAUCAAUAAAAAGCUUCUUCAGUAUAUAGAGAGCCAACUUAUUGUUUCUGUAACAAUGUCUCUUAUGGUGAUAUGAUAGCUUGUGAUAACAAAAAUUGCCCUUAUGAGUGGUUUCACUUCCCCUGUGUUGGACUCACGACUAAGCCUGAAGGAAAAUAUUUCUGCUUGAAGUGCUAGUAAUCGCUAUAAUCUAUUAAAAAGGAGAGUGCCUCUAAGCAAGGUGGAAUAAAUGGAUUGUUAUCAGCCAAUUAAAUUGAUUUUAAGGAUAGUAAUCUCACCAUAGGAAGCUAAUCAGGACUUGGAUCUGUUUCUGGAGGUAAUAAGAGACAAGGAAAUAAUCCUAGCAACACUGGAGACGGCAGAGUCAUGAGAAGCAAUAAAAACAGUCCUGCAGGCGGUGUCAAGCCAAUGAGCAAAGGCUAAUAGAUUUCUUAAAAAAGCAAUUUUGUCUCUUAAAGACCAAGAAGAAUAAGACACUAGCAAUAAUGA